UCCAAAGAUCGAGGACCGAACACCACCAACGCGUUCAAUUCAAUAGUUUCUUUGUCCCCUCUGCCAGAUAUGAAAUGCAGAAUGUAUCAACACAGCUAAAACAGAAGGCUUUCGGCUUCUUUUCUCUCUAUACAACAACGACAACAAUAAAGAGAGGAGAGAACAAUCCAUUAUUAGAUACGUUUUCAUAAUAAUAUUGAUAAAAAAAAAAAAAGAGCAAUGGGGGUGCAGGAAAAUGGAAAUGGGAUGGGUGACAAGAACAAGUACAGGAGGUUUGAUUCCGAUGCUGAAAUGGAUCUGAUAUAUUCCAACGAACGUCAAUGUCAAGAGGGUGUUCUUAACAGGAAAUAUCUGACAGAGAAAUAUGUGUUUGCCUGUUCCGUUUUUGCCUCUCUUAAUUCUGUGCUUAUGGGCUAUGAUGUGGGUGUCAUAAGUGGAGCAAUUUUGUUCAUUCAAGAAGAUCUAAAGAUAUCAGAGGUACAAGAAGAAGUUCUUGUUGGAAUUUUAAGCAUAAUUUCACUUUUGGGUAGUUUAGCUGGAGGUAAAACAUCCGAUGCCAUCGGUCGAAAGUGGACAAUAGCCUUAGCAGCCAUUGUGUUUCAGGCAGGAGCAGCUAUAAUGGCUCUUGCCCCUUCUUUUUCAAUACUGAUGAUAGGCAGAAUCUUUGCUGGCAUAGGGAUAGGCUUUGGGGUGAUGAUUGCGCCAGUGUACAUAGCAGAGAUAUCACCCACUGUUGCCAGAGGACGUUUUACCUCUUUCCCUGAAAUUUUUAUAAAUAUAGGAAUACUUUUAGGAUAUGUUUCUAACUAUGUUUUUUCAGGACUUCCAGUACAUAUAAACUGGAGGAUAAUGCUCGCUGUAGGAAUCCUUCCCUCAGUCUUUAUUGGGUUUUCACUUUUUGUGAUUCCUGAAUCCCCAAGGUGGUUAGUGAUGCAGAAUAGGAUUGAAGAAGCAAGAUUAGUGUUGUCAAAGACAAAUGAAACUGAAAGUGAAGUGGAGGAAAGAUUGGCAGAGAUAAAAUUGGCUGCAGAGACUGCUAAUGCAGAAAAGUGUGAAGCAAAAGCUGUGUGGCGUGAAAUAAUAAAUCCUUCUCCUGCAGUUCGACGAAUGCUUAUCACUGGCUGCGGAAUCCAAUUUUUCCAACAAAUUACAGGUAUUGAUGCAACAGUGUACUAUAGCCCCACAAUCUUUAAGGAUGCCGGGAUCAAGGACAACACUCAACUUCUUGCUGCAACUGUUGCUGUUGGGUUUACCAAAACAAUGUUCAUUUUGGUAGCUAUAUUUCUUAUUGACAAAGCAGGCAGAAGACCUUUACUUUUUGUGAGCACAGUUGGGAUGAGCAUCAGCUUACUUGGUCUGAGUCUCUCUCUAAUGUUUUUAGGAGGUGGAAAACUUGGGAUUGGAUUGGCAAUUUUGUCAGUUUGUUGUAAUGUAGCUUUCUUCUCUAUAGGACUCGGACCUGUUUGUUGGGUUGUGUCGUCUGAAAUCUUCACUCUAAGACUUCGAGCUCAGGCAGCUGCACUUGGGGCAGUUGGAAGCAGGCUUAGUAGUGGUAUGGUUUCUAUGUCUUUCCUCUCAGUGUCUCGUGCAAUCACAGUAGGAGGGACUUUCUUCAUCUUUUCUGUGAUUUCAGCUGUUUCUGUUGUUUUUGUCCAUACAUGCAUACCAGAAACAAAAGGAAAGUCUUUGGAGGAAAUUGAGAUGAUAUUUGAAAAUGAGGGAGAGUGGCAAGGAGGUGAGGUAGAAUUGGGUGAUUUAGAACAAUUGGUACAGAAAGAAUGAGCUAGUAGAAAGCUUGGAUACAUGUUUUAGUGGUAAUCCACAAACUUAGAUAUAGGAGCAUGUUAUUGAAAUAGAUUUAGUUAGUGGUUAUUUUACAGACAAUGCGGCUAUACACAGUCUAAAACAAUUAAGGAUUCAUUAGGAACAGCUAAGUUUAUCAUAAAUGAUAGCUAUACUCUGAUUGGACUAGUAUACAAACAUAUGAGAGUUACAGUAGAGAACAGUAUGCUGUUUUUGGUACUGGCUUGAAUUUGCAGAAACUGUAUGUAAUAUAACUGCUAAAUUGAUAUUUGGUUUUGUGAAGGUGGAAAUAUACAGAGUCUUGGUAUUUGGUUUUGUGAAGUUGAUAUUGUAUUGUAGGGAUAAUGUACAGUCUCUUUUUCUCCUACUCAUGGGAAUCUUUAGAACCAUCCAGGCAUCCACAGAGCUUAGGAGGGAAUAUACUGGAGGAAGGCAAAUGUAUCAUAGUGAAAUGCUAUACUGAAUACAGUAUCUGUAACUCUAGAAGAAAAAAGAGCUCCUUUCUGCUUGUUGAAUCCCUGAGAUUUUGAAUCCCUCUCUCUUUAUACAUGUAUUAUACUAAUUCAUGUUGGCGACUUUUCGAUGUUUUUAUAGGUUGAACAUACACAGUGAUAUAGAAGAGAUUAUUACAUUGUAUAUGGUAAAUUUAAAUGCUAAAUUAGUAAUAGA